UCUGGAACGACACUUUACGCACAUACAUUAAGCCCAGUUUUCCCAGAACGAGGCUCUUAUAAUGACCAGUUUCCUAUCGCAGUCGCUGCUGUCCCACAAGUACGGCUACAUCGCGUUCCCUCGGAUCAUCCCGACGGAUGAGUUUGUGCUUUUCUUGACGCAGGUCGAAGACCCGGAGACCGUCCGGCUCUUCCACCAGUAAGAACAACUUUCGGUCCGGUUAAAAUUAUCUUGGUGUUUGAAAAAAGAAGAUUUCUCAGCAUCGGGUUCAUACUGUAAGGACAGCUAUUAUUAGUUGACUUAAAUCCAGAAUAUAAAAAUCAGACUGCCCGGUAAGCGCAGUACACGCGCUUCUCACCACUUCUCACCUCGGCGAGCCGGGUUCAAUCCCCGUUACCGUAAGCAUGUGAGAUUGGUUGGUUUUUAUUAUAUUUCGUCCCAUUUUAGUCAAUCUAGUAAAUUUAUACGGUAGGAGGGCUAGGACACACUCCGGGUCUUCACAUAAUGCAGCCCCCGGUGUGAAAUGCCUUCCUCUGUUGGUGGUAUUCCCCUGACGACAACGCGGUUCCCCCCGCUUACAUCCUCUCAUCAACCAGCACGCACAUGUCGGAUCAUAAGCAAGGACAGCGAUAAUUGGUUUGGUAGUUAAAGUAACGCAUUUUUUGUAAAGUUAGUUUACAAUAUGAAAGUGAAAAACUUUGCGAGAUUUAUACAUUUGUUUUAGUUUUAUAAACAAAUAAAAAAGAUUAUAAAGUAAUAGAAAAAAUAUGUAUUACAUUUGAAUGAGGAGUGAGCGUGUUUUUAAGCUUCAAAUUCAAUAUGGUGAAUACUGGUGUUGUUCGUUGCUAUAGUGACGGAGACGCAAGUGGAGGAAGUUCUGCUCAAGGCGGAGGACUCCAUCGCCAGGCAGGCCAUCUAGCUGCGCCGGAACAUCGAGGACAUAGACCGACAGGAGAGCAGCUACGAACUCUCGGAUACAUCGGUUCAGAUUUAUUGCGGAGUGUCGUGGUGCGCAGAAGAUUCUGCAAGGACUUCACGGACUACAUGAUCUCCCUGGUGACGCAAGCUAUUCGGAAUCGAACGCCCCUGCACGUCCCACUCACCGAGGAAUCUUUGCAGCACAUCCGGUUGUGCGCGGAGUUCCAUGGACGUACCGAGACGCUGGAUGUGCGCGCGAAUAUUUUUUAUCAUUUCAACAUCCCAACGCUAUCAAUUUGGAGAAUCAUGAGCGAUUUCCCUGCUACUAAAUUAUCGAAUUGUGUAAUGCUCUAUCGUGUUCAAAUCGGUAUACUCCAUUUUGAGUAUGUUUGGGUUUUCAAAAAAGGAUCCCUCAAUUGUCCAAGACAGAGCGAUAAUCGGAAAUAAAUUGGCACAAAUGUUUAUCUUUGU